UCAGCAUAAAAAGGAAAACUUUCAUAUAAGUGCGUCGUGAAAGAGAAACCUCUCCCUUCUCACCUCUGCUUGCUGCCCGAACUCGUCAACUCACCAAUUUUCCAAAUUUCUCUAAUAAAUUUGAUCGCCCACCAGCCCGCGCUCACCCAGCCACACACACGCAACGAAAAUGUCUGCGUCGCGCGCCAACACACCACCUUCCGAGUCGAAUGAACCAACAUCGCACAACAACAACAACAAUAGCAGCAACAAUGGUGACACAAAUCAUAACAACAACAACGCCAAACUGAAAUCCACACAAAACAGUGGCGCCGGCAGUGUCGAUAAACUUUCACCCGAUCAAGAUAUAUUCAUAAAUCCAGCCGAUGGCUUACCCAGCCAACAUCCCACAUUGCCCGAUGGCGAAGUGGAUAGUGAUAACGAACAAGAGCCAGUAGAUCCGGAUUCAUUUGACGAUUUGCCCACAUCCAUUAUUGUGACGAACAUACACUCCGAGGUUUUUACCAAUCCAGCACUGAAACAAGAAAUGGAGGAGCUUUUCCGUACCUUCUGCGAUUCGGCGACCUUCCAAUGGUUACGCAGCUUCCGACGUUUGCGCGUCAACUAUGACAAUGCCAUAGCGGCAGCAAAUGCGCGUAUAAAAUUGCAUCAAUAUGAAUUUAAUAAGAAAACAGUGAUAACCUGUUAUUUUGCACAGCCAGUAACGCCAGUAUCGAAUAAAAAUCUACAACCACCAGCGCCGGUUAAGCAAUUCCUAAUAUCGCCACCCGCUUCACCGCCAGCGGGUUGGGAGCCGCGCGAAGAGAAUGAACCGUUGGUAAAUCAUGAUCUUCUAGCAGCAUUGGCCAGUCUGACGCCUGGCGAGUCGCAUGAACUGCAUCCACAGAGCGAAGAUCAGCCGGGUAUUAUUGUGCAUACGGCAAUGUUGCCGGAAGGUGCUGCUGCUGCAACCACACCAACACUGGCGGUCGGCCCAAAGCCAGCCAUUGUACAGACCAAAUGUCCGGAGCGUGCGUAAGAAGGGGCACUAACUAAAAUGCCAGAAUAUGAGUAUUGCAGAGGAGGAUGUGCUGUGAGGGCAGACGAAUUAGUUUUAAGUAUAAAGGCAAGUGCCGAGCACUUGAUAUGCAUACAUACAUAAAUAGAUGUAUUGAUUGAAUAUAAAACAUAAAAGUAACUAAGUGCGUAGUUAAUGCAAACAGAAAUUUAGUACUGGAAAUCAAAUGACUAUUAUUGUAAUUUUUUUAAAUGAAGUUUGUAGCUGAAAUCUUUUUCGAAUUUGAAGUUGAACUUAAUACUGAAAUAUUGGAACUCUACUCUGAGUAUAUUAAAGUGUAAACUAAAAUGUAUUCUAUAUACGUAAAUAUGUACACUGUGUGUGAACGCAAUUGAAUUUUAAGAGAAACUACCAUCUACUUGUAAAAUUCAAUUUUUGAAAAUAUGAAUAUAUUAUAUUUAUUUUUUGAAGUGCUAGUGAAAGUUAUUAGCACAUUUUCCUCAAGCUUUUAAGCAAUUCGUUGUUUUAUUCAUUUUAUUAAAUAAUAUUUGAAAAACAAAAAUGUAAAUGUUUUCUAGCUCUAAGCAAUUAUAAUAUUGGAAAGUAGCAAAAUGCAAUUUUGAAUGCUCUUGAUUGAGCUAAACAAUUUGAUUGAACAAAUACACUGAAGAAUUAAAGUAUAAGAAAAAGUUAAGAAUAUAAAUAUGGUAUGUACAUGAUUUUUUUUUAAGUAAUUAAUAUUUUUGAGUUGUAUUACUUUUUGUAUCAAUAUUUUCAAAUUCAAAAAAUGCUUCUAGUUUGCAAUGUUAUGUUUAUGUUACAAAACAGAAGGUAGUUUCAUUACUAAUAUUUUUUUAUUAUAAACAAGGUACUUUGCACAGAUAGCAGCAGUAGAGCAAAAACUUCAAGAGCAAUGUAUUUUAGUUUUGCUUUCGGUCACUAAAAUGUAAAAAUUUACAGGACGCGCCAUCUUUUAUGUCGGUAUGAAAACAUUGAAUAACUUUGCAGAAAAAAAAAGAACUGAUUUGUAUAAGUGAGGUAUUUUUAUCUGGUUUGGUUAUAUAAUAUAUAUAUAAUUGGCGCGUACACCCUUUUUGGGUGUUUGGCCGAGCUUUUCCUCCUAUUUGUGGUCUGCGUCUUGAUGUUGUUCCACUAAUGGAGGGACCUACAGUUUUAAGCCGAUUCCGAACGGCAGAUAUUUUUAUGAGGAGCUUUUUCAUGGCAGAAAUACACUCGGAGGUUUGCCAUUGCCUGCCGACGGGCGACCGCUAUUAGAAAAAUGUUCUUCUUAAUUUUGGUGUUUCACCGAGAUUCGAACCUACGUUCUCUCUGUGAAUUCCGAAUGGUAGUCACGCACCAACCCAUUCGGCUACGGCGGCCGCCUGCCGGUUUGGUUACUUACAAUUUAUUAAAACUAUUUUUUGCAUACAUUAUCAAUCAAGUGUCCACCUUUAUUAGCAAUCACAAACUGCGAUAUUUUUUCUGCGUUUGUAAAGCGAUCCAUGGUUGAAAUUGUACUGAAUGGACGUAUCGAAAACAUGUAUGUUGAAGUCGAUCGGUUCGUAAAUGACAAAGUUAUUCAGCGUUUACAUACCGACAUAAAAGAUGGCGCACCCUGUAUAACCAAAGAUUGAGAGUUUAAAGUAAAUUAAACGAAAUUUCACAAUUUAAAAACCAAAAAUAUAUAAAAAGAUCAAAUCAGUUGCUCACUGUACUAUGUACUUGUUUAAUGUACCUUGAUUACGAAGCAGAUUUUUGACAUUUCUUACAGAUGUAAACAUAAAAUAUAGCGUUGCCACAUAGGAAUUUUUCGAAAGGAGAUUAUUUAUGAAUUUUUGGCAGAUUUUUGACAUUUCUCACAAAAGUAAAUAUGAAACACAGCGUUGCCACAUUGGAAACAUUUGAAAAGGGAGAUUUUUUAUAAAAUAUUUGGCAAAUUUUUGACAUAUCUCACAGAAGUAAAUAUGAAGCACAGCGUUGCCACAUUUGAAACAUUUGAAAAGGGACAUUUUUUAUAAAAUAAUUGGCAGGUUUUUGACAUUUCUCACAAAAGUAAAUAUGAGGCAUAGCGUUGCCACAUUGGUGUUACUUGAAAAGGGAGAUUAUUUAUGAAAUAUUGGGUUUUAAUUCAAGAAUAAAAUUUGUAUACUCAAAAGGCAAAUCAAUGUGCUCAGUAAACAAGUUUUAGAGUUUUUCUCAAGCUCUUAGAAGGUCCUUUGAAGAAUAUUGAUGUGUAGAGAUGAGGGAAUAAAAUAAAGUCCAUACUUUUAUUUAUUAAAAAGUUGAAGAUGUUAAUAAAUAAUGAUUGUUUUACUAAGCCAUUUUUUUAUGAAUCAUUUAUUUUUCUAUGAAGCAACCGUAUUUUAAAAAAGGGGCCCGACCCAAGACACAAUGAACAGGUAGUAACAGUAAAAUAAAAACAGCAUUCGGGUUUUGCUUUUGAGCACUAGAAUGUCAAAAUCUAUAAACAAAAAUUGACAGUUUAGAGUAAUUCAAACAAAAUUUCACAAUUUAACGACCAAAUAAAUUAAAAAAAAAAUCAAAUCAACUGAAAACUAUUUUAGAAUUUUUGUAUCCAAUUUUUUCUAGCAAAUUUUGCGUGUAAUUGGGAGCCGUAUUGAGUAAAUAGUCAUCAUAUUGAUACAAAUUAAAUUGGUUUCCUCUAAGAGCAUACAAAGUAAAAGGGAAGCAUAUUUUUAAUUUAUCUUUUCAAAUGUCUAUAAUUUUUUUGUUGCACGUUGGUUGGUUACAAAUGUCAAAAAAUGUUGCCACCUCUUUUCUAAUUUUUUUUUUUUACCAAAACAAAAAAAAAAUGAUGCUUGAAGAUUUGAUGUGGUAGCAGGAAAUGUCAGAAACUGCUACAUUAUCAGGCAGUCAAUAAGGCGCCAGAGAAAAUGACAAUGAAACAACCUUCUUUCUUAUAUAAAAUUAAGCGCAAAAUUAAUCAUCCCAUUUUAUUUUUGAAUAACGUUUUUUACUAAAUAAAAGAAAAAAUAUUUUGAAUGUUGAAAAUUUUUAUUUGGACCUUUACGCGCUUCAUGACUUGCCUGUUUGUAUGAAGUGUCAAAUAUGAUUGACAUGCGACGUCAUUUCCAAAACGUAUAAAUCUUCCGAUAGGGUGAUUGAUUUUGCACCACCUUGUACCUCAAUUAAAUUUUUUUUUGGUGUGUUUUCUUUUCAAUUUUUAUUUCGAAUAAAAAUUUUUCAGUUACAUUUCAUUGGUUUAUAUGGUUGGUAAUAGAAUAAUAUUCUUAUAAAAUUUACAAAUAUUACUACUUUAAAUAUCAUGCAAGAUGUUAAUUUACAAACUAUUUUUAUAUACCACUUUGACACUCAAAAUCAAUCAAUCGACAGUUUUUCAAUAAUCGUACUGCACUUUGGGAUGCAAAAAAACGACAACAACAAAAACGUAUCACCAGCAGUUGUAUGAAAAAUUAUGCAAAAAAAUGCUAAAAAAAAGUUUAUGUCAAACAAAAAAAGUAUGAGUGAACUGUAAAUAUGCCUGUGUUUGUGUAUUUACGUAAGGUAAAUGAAACUUAUUUUAAAUAUAUAAAAAAUGUAAAAAAAUAAAAAUCUAUAUAUAAAAACUAAUCGUUGUAAAUACUUGAAAUAUAUAUUGAAAUAAUGAAAUUGUGAUUAAAAUUUUUAGGUAUAUUUAUAACAUUUAAUAUGUUAAGCACUAAAAUUGUUUCAUAAUAUGAAGUAAAAGCGAAAAAUGUUUGCAUUCUGAGAUCUAAGUUCAAAGAAUUUUUGCAAAAUGUUUUAUUUUUAUGCUAAUCACUUAUUUUUUAAAAAUCCGUUAAAUUAUGUAGGAUAUUCAGUGCUUUUCUAGAGACUUCCAAUAGUUCAUACUAAGCAAGUACAAUGGAGAGAUUUUAUUUGGCUACCAUUAUGUUUAGUGUCGGCAUCAUUUGUUGCACCAAAGUAUAAACAUUUUUUGAAAUGAAAGUAAUGAUUAUCGCACAGAUUUGUCUUUUUCAUACAAAUAUUAUCCCGAUAACCGGACACUCCAGUAACAUUACGCGGAACCGUUUCGAAUAAUAAAAAUACCUCAUCAAUAUCAAUGGACAAAAUUGAAAAAAAUUCUAAGCAAUCAAGAAAAAUAAAAGUCCAGAAACGAAA